AGUGAAAACAAUAUAUUUCAUACCAAAAUAUUGCAAAUGGACAUGUUUCUACAAUAACAGAAUAUUCGGCAAUAAAAGUUGAUAUGAAGUGACCAUAUUACAACACAACAGUUACAUCAUCGAUAAAGAAAAUUAACGUAAAAAUUAUUUAUACUUUAUUCAUACAAGUUUACGUUUACAGAAAUAGUGGAUUGUUGAUAUUUUUGUUACUCUGAUAAACAUACAGCAUAACGAUUCUGGGGAGGAUUAUAAGAACAUUUCCAAGUUCACUCAAAUCCUUACUAUUCACACUAGAUGAACACGAAGAUACAUUCAAAAGAUGAUUUAUACCAUAGAGAUAUUGUUAAAUUUAUUUUUAUUAGUCAUAUUUACUGUAAAUGGAUUGCAGUGUACAUUACCGUCCAACUUAUCAACUCAUCCAUACAAUACAAUCUUAACAAGAUAUUCAAGAGAAGUUAAGUCUGUUAUAUAUAUCGGAGUUAUCCUUACUGAUGAAGACCGCGACACUGAGAAAGCGUUUGAAAAUGGUGUUCAAGCAGCUAAUGAAGUCCUAGGUCAAAGUGGAACUCUAUCAUCUUACCAGUUAGAACCUAUUAUCCAAUUUGUACCUAAAGAUAAUGUUUUUGUAGCCACACAACAAGCAUGCAAAAUUUUGGAUAGAGGCAUUAUUGCUUUAUAUGGACCAAGCUCAACAUCAUUAUCACAAGCUUUGUUGUCUUUGGCCAAUCGAUUUGGUUUACCAUAUGUUGAAACACACUGGAAUAUGAUACCAAGAAAAACUACUUAUGCCAUACAUUUACAUCCAAGUAUAGAAAGUUACGGAAUAGGUUUAUAUGAAUAUUUAACUCAGGUGGAAAAAUGGAAACGUAUGACACUCAUCUACAAUAAACCUGAAAGUUUGCUCAAAUUUGCCACUUUAGUAAAUAAUUUUGAAGGAAUAUUAAAAAUUAAAUCAUGGGAUGAAAAUGCAAGUGGUGCUAGAGCAAUGAUGGCAGAGUUAGGAUCAGGAUUGGAGAAAAAUUUUCUUGUGGACAUUCCCAGUUGGCAAGUAACCAAUUUCUUAGUUAUGGCAUAUGUGCACAAUAUGACCGGCUUUCAGUAUACUUUCAUAUUCACAGAUUGGGAUAUUGCAAUAUUAGAUUUAAGCGCAUUCAAAAUUGAUGUAGGUGCAAGAAUCAAAGCAGUUUCAAUCAUUCCUAAAGUUACUUCAUUGGACAUAAAUAAAACACCUCAACCAGAAAUGUUACCUUAUAAGAAAACUCUUGAAAAUAUUGCUAGUUCAAAAGAUUUUUCCAAUGGAAACCCUACUAUUCAAUUCAGUUUAAUUUACGAUAGCCUUAUACUUCUAGCACAUGGACUUAGUACGGUGACAAGAACAAGACCAUUGUUACCACAGAAAUUAAGCUGUGAACGUCCACCAGGUCUAUGGCCUCUUGGGUUAAGUCUGAUCAAUGCAGUUAAAUCGGUAGCGUCAGAAACUAUUCGGGGUUUAACAAGUCCCUUCCGUUUUGACAAACACGGUUUAAGAACAUUAUUCGAUCUAACUACUCUGGAACUAACCCAGGGUGGAUUUAAACCUACUGGAGUAUGGAACAUAGAUGAAAGAAUGAAAGUUGCAAAGCAACCUGCAAUAACGUUACCAAAACAGUUACCCAAAAUCAAAGGUGUAGUCUUGAAAGUCACAACAAUCCCUGAUGCCCCAUUCAUGAUUCCAAUCAAGUUUGAUGCAUAUGAUAGACCAUUAGGUACACCUGAUGCAUGGAUGGGAUAUUGUAUUGAUCUGUUGAAUCAUAUCGCAUCAGAUGUUGGAUUUAAUUAUACAGUUCAUAUAACACCAGACAGACAAUAUGGAUCAGGUAUAGACGUUGGAAACGGAACCAUUUUCUAUAAUGGCAUAAUGGGAGAACUGAUCAGAGAGGAAGCUGAUAUGGCUGUAGCCGGAUUUACAAUAACAUAUGAACGUGAAAAACUUGUUGAUUUUAGUACACCGUGGAUGACUUUGGGUGGGAGUAUUUUAUUUACAAGACCAAAAAGUCAAAAGCCAUCAUUGUUUUCAUUUCUUCAACCACUUUCACCACAAGUAUGGUUAUACGUGGGUUUCACGUAUUUAGCUGUGUGUUUGUGCUUAUUUGUUGCUGCCCGUCUUUCUCCACAUGAAUGGACAGCAACACAUCCUUGUGAAGAAGGUGGCGAUACAAGAAAAAAUCAAUUCACACUAUUAAACAGCUUCUAUUAUAAUGUAUCUGCUUUACUGAAUCAAGGAACUGAACUUGCACCACACGCUACUUCAACACGAUUGUUAACAGGAGUUUGGUGGUUUUUCGCCUUGAUUAUUAUUGCUACAUACACAGCUAAUUUAGCUGCAUUUUUGACAGUUGAAAAUAUGAAAUCACCCAUUGAAAGCGCCGAAGACUUAGCUAAUCAAGAAAAAAUUAAAUACGGAACCUUGAAAAGUGGAUCAAGCCGUGAUUUUUUCAGAACCUCAUCUUUACCAACGUUUAAGAAAAUGGGUGAAUUCAUGGACAAAUAUCCAGAUGCUACUGUAUCAACCACUCAAGAGGGGAUUGAACGUGUUCUACAAGGUAAUUAUGCCUUCAUUUUAGAAUCAACCUGGAAUGAAUAUUAUGCUCAGAGAGAUUGUCGUCUAACGCAAGUUGGAACAUUGCUUGAUUCUAAAGGUUAUGGGAUCGGAUUUCCACAAGGUUCACCAUGGAGGGAUCCCGUAUCGAAAUCAAUUUUAAAAUUACAGAACGCUCAAAUUCUGGCAAAAUUAAAACGUAUUUGGUGGAAUGAAUUUAAUAUCACGGAACCAUGUUCUUUAUUACGUGAAUCAGGUAAAGCUCCAAGUCCAUUGGGUGUAGAACAAGUUGGUGGUGUAUUUAUUGUCUUACUGAUCGGAUUUUUUAUGGGAUUCGCCGUAUCGAUUAUUGAAUUUUUAGUAGCAACAAGAGAUCAGCAAAAGACAGCUGUUUGGCGUGGAAUGUGGAAGGAGUUGAAAUUCGCUACACGAUGUUUAACGACAUCACGUCGAUUAAGAUCAGACAUUCCUAAAUUAUCUAGAUCCCGUUCAAGUAAUCGACUUAUAUCAUCUGUACCAAAUAAUUUAAGUGCAAUAAAUAAUUCGCCAAAUUCAUUCGGUUUCAGCGAAAAUCAUAAUAACAAUAUAAAGUUAAAUAAUAAUACUAAUGUCAGUAAGAAUAUUCAUAUGAGUGGAAUCAAUUCAAAAAUUGAACAAGAUACAUCUAGAGACCAAUUGUUAAUUUCCGAAUCCAGACCUUUUACUUAUGAACAACAGAAUCAGCAAAAUCAAGAAGGAACUUAUCGAACAGAUCAGAAAAGUGCAAGUCUACAAUGUCCUAGUUCAUUCGAUCAAAGUGAUAUGUCUGCAGGAAUAUCAAGUGAUCCACAGCCUCAAACCUACAACGCGCGUCAACAACAACACCAUCUUGCAUAUAACAUCCAGUCACAUCAACAAUUACAGCAACAUCACCCAUAUAUACAUAAUGAGAGUGAUAUUAAGCGUUUUACGAUGCCACAAACUGUUGUUCGGUCAAAUUUCAACGUUGGAAUGACUAAUAUGAAUGGAGAUUCCGAACUAUGGCAAAUAAACCAACAGAAAUAAUUUCAAUUUGAAAAGAAAUUACUUGACGCGCGACUUUUAAAAAUGUUUUCAACACUGUUUAGUUUAUGCCUUAAUUUAUUGGAAAUCUGAAUCACUCUAAGGCUUGAAAGUAUCUACGUUACGUUUAAGAAAGCAAAAAGUUUUAAUUGGAAAAUCCCUUUCAGUUUCAUAUAAAAUUCCCAUCCAUGUGUGGUUGUAUAAAGAUGGAAAAAAACCAGUCAAAACAGCCUCAUUAAGUAAUUAUUUAACAAUUAUUUGAUAAACUACCCUAACCAAAAAUGAUACUGUUCUAAUCUUGCUUUUGAAUUAUAGAUUUUUGAUCAUAAAAUUAUAUACUUGAAAGAGAUAUCUGUUGUCACACAACCUAUCAAAUCAAUGAUGCUCAUUGCUGAUUUAGAUCAGAUUUUUCGGUUCUAUGAAAGUUGAAUUUUCGCUUUCAUUCAUCCAAUCGAUCAAUUACUUCACUCAUUUAUGCCAGACCCAGUAAGGUUGGUAAUAAAAGAAAAGAAUUCUGUCACAACAGUUGAUAUGGUGCUUUACAUAUUCAUGAAAAUAAAUUAACAAUUAUCUUCAUUGACAUUGAAAUUUUUUUUUACUGAACCACUAGCUACCGAAACAAAUUCAAGUUAAUUGUAUUUUCGAAUUAGUUAUGCAAAUUAUUUUAUGCAUGGAAAUAAGUUAUUUAUAUAUUAUUUAUUCUGCUAAACAAAAUUCAGCAUAUUAACGGAAGUAUUAUUUUAGAAAUUGGUUUAAUAAGACUAUCUAUCCUCAACAUUUCCCUAUUGUGACUUACACACGUUUUAUAUUUUACAAUUUAAUUCAAUUACCAAACGUUUCCGCCUAUUAUUUUCAUUGGAAUUAAUUAGAUGUUUCUGUUCACAAAAAUAAUUAAAACAAAAUCUAGGAGUUGAAGAAACUGUUGCACAUUUAAUUGGUUAUUAACAUAUUCUUCUCUUUGUAGGAGUACCUAAAAGAAAAUUAAAGAUCACAGAAAAUUCCCCACCCUAUUGAUUUUUCUUAUGACUAAAAAUCUGUCAUUUGAAACAUAAUAUGAACCGUUUAUUUGCUUUAUUUAAAAUUUAUGAAACAGGAAGUAUUUAUAAUUAACAUUUUUUAACUGUAGUCAAUUUAUUUCCAUUUUUGUCUGGAUAUCUCAUUUUUUUUAGCGUGUAAUUUAAAAUCUAACCGA